AUGAAGUCGUCCUUCGGCGGGAUAUCCCAACACGUUGUGCAGUUGGGAACAGUAAAAUACUUGAGCGGGUAUUUUUAGAAUUGUGUAGGCUACAAACACUAUUGUGGACUGGAAUUAAAAACCAGUAGUGGACAAUGGCUGACAAGUCAGGAAAGGGAUCCAAGCGAGUUGUUCUUGCAUACAGUGGCGGUCUCGACACGUCCUGUAUACUUGCCUGGCUCAUUGAGCAGGGUUAUGAAGUCAUUGCCUAUUUGGCCAAUAUUGGACAAGAUGAUGAUUUUGAUGCCGUCAAACAGAAAGCUAUGAAACAUGGAGCACUAAAGAUGAUCAUCCCAGACCUGAAGAAGGAGUUUGUUGAGGAUUACAUCUGGCCGGCCAUACAGGCCAACGCGCUGUACGAAGAUCGUUACCUACUGGGCACUGCUCUCGCAAGACCACUUAUUGCAAAGGCAAUGGUAAAAAUUGCAGUGGAUGAACAAGCUCAUUAUGUUUCUCAUGGUGCAACUGGAAAAGGAAAUGAUCAGAUUCGAUUUGAACUUGGUGCGUACGCCCUCCACCCAGAUAUUGAGGUGAUUACUCCUUGGAGAAUACCCGAAUUCUAUCAGCGCUUUCCUGGCAGAACGGAUCUUUUUGAGUACGCAAAGAAAAAAGGUAUUCCCCUACCUGUAACACUAAAGAGUCCAUGGAGCAUGGAUGCCAACUUGAUGCAUGUCAGCUACGAGUCCGGGGUUCUUGAGGAUCCUAACCAUCAUGCCCCAGAGGACCUGUGUCAGAUGACCGUCAAUCCAGAGAAAGCGCCUGACAAAGCAGAGAAGCUAGAAAUCGAUUUCAAAAACGGGAAACCAGUACAGGUGAAGAAUCUGGAAGAUGGAACCAUCAAGACAAACGCCCUUGAACUCUUCACAUAUCUAAACCAAGUGGGUGGUCGUCACGGAGUUGGACGUGUGGACAUUGUAGAGAAUCGAUUUAUCGGCAUGAAGUCGCGAGGUAUUUAUGAGACUCCUGCUGGGACAAUUCUGAUUGCAGCCCACAUGGAUAUUGAAGUCUUUACAAUGGACCGGGAAAUGCGAAAGGUGAAGAGAGACCUUGAUAUGAAAUUCAGUGAUCAGGUUUAUAAAGGUUUCUGGUUCAGCCCUGAGUGCGAGUACACCCGCUUCUGUAUCAACAAGAGUCAGGAGCACGUCGAGGGGCGGGUAACUCUCAAACUCUUCAAAGGGGCCAUACAUAUCUUGGGUCGGGAAUCCAAGCUGUCGCUGUACAAUGAAGAACUUGUCAGCAUGAAUGUCCAAGGAGACUACGAGCCACCAGAUGCAGGUGGAUUUAUCAAGAUCAAUGCUCUCAGAUUACGAGAAUAUUGCCGACUCCGACAAAAAACUGAUGCCAAGCAAUAAAACGCAGCUGUCAUCUAUAAACCUGAACACUUCAGCAGUUUCAGAGAAAUACGCUUUACAAAAACAGCAUGAAUACUCUCUCUAGCUUACACAGUGCUUGCUAUUGUAUGAUAGACUUCUCUCUUUUUGUACACACCGUAUGUGGAUCAUAUGUCAAGUGUCUGAAUCUUUGGAACAUUUUAAAUAUUAAUUCUGUAAGUUUUGUAUAGCAGUUACAUAACUGAAUGGAAAGCUAAAUUUCUGACACAACAAGAACAAAAUAUUGUCAUUGAUGUUAUAAAAUAACAUUAUUUGUAUCAUUGCUCGUUGACAUACAUUAUUGAAUAUGAAUGAUAUAAAUUAAUUUUAUGCUGCUUUAAUGCAUGUAUAGAUGUCAUUCUUGGUGAGAUAUUUAACAAUAUUUAGGAAUUGACAAGUUUCAAGGACAUUUUUGGUUCUUUUUAAAUUGUCAGCUAAAAUUUAUCUUGUUUUCAUUACUUUUAAAACAAAAUGUAAACAUGGUUUUCUUUUGUUUCUUUUUAAAAACAAGAUUUCUUCCAAAAUAUCUUUAAAGAAGAUGUCUGUUAUGUUAGUCAUUGACUUGUAUUCAUUCUUAUACUCUUGUUAUUGCAUUGUUUAUUUCAUUAUAUGCAGAGUAAUAAUUUUUAAUGCUUAAUAGACACGGCCACAAGGGAGAUUAGUGUGCUGCUAUUUGUGUAACCUUCUUUAAAUAAAGAUUAUUAUUAUUAUUUGUUUUGAAUAAUUUGAUUUGCUUUCACAUUUAUGCAGCAUAUCAGAUAAGAAAUGUGCUAUUGCACAUGCCCAACCCAGUAAUGAAUGAGUUCGUGCAAAAUAAUAAAAUAAUAAUCCAUUUAUCAUAAAAUUUAAUGUUAAUGUCAUAAAUUGUUAUUGUAAUUAUGAGGUACCGUAUUUUCCGGCCUAUUAUACGCACUGGUGUAUAAACCGCACCCCUUGUUUUUAGACAAAGUUCUGACCUUCAUCCGUACAUAAACCACACCUUUAAAUAAACCGCGGUUGAAAUAAAGCCAUAAACUUAAUUACAGUUAUUUAUUGUUUGUAUUUAAUAAUAAUAAUGAGAUCCAUUCUCCCUUAAAUUUAAACAAUAAAUAAUUGUCGAUUGUGUACGUGGCUUUCAGUUUCAUUUCACCUAAUAGUAAGUUUCGUAAACAAAACACACUGUUGACAAAGCCCGCUAUUGUUAUGAAAAUAUUAACAAGAACUUGGUAAUGCAUUGUUAAAGGUUAAAGCAAUGUCUGUAAUAUCACAUAUAGUAUGACAGUAGAUAGUAUCAUAUAGUAUACUAGUAAUGUAUGCCAGAUAUGUAUACAAAUGUUGUGAAAUGUUAAAUCGGGUAUUGUUGGUUGAUACUGUAUUCCAUAGUCAAUAUGAUGUACAGAUAUGGGUUUAUUUCAUCACCUAAUUGAAGAAUAUGUUUUAUUUGCAUCUGUAUUUUACGUAUGUAUUUAGAAAAGGUCUAGUGGGUUUACACCUGUAAUUUACACCUACACCAUUCUGCUGACCUAUAUAAUACAUCUGGACAAUAACUUAGGCUAGGUUAAGUUUCUGGAUAAUUUCAUGUUGUAAUUGUACAGUUUUUCAAUGGACUCUUUUAAUUCUUGUACGAAUUUAUGGACGUGCCGAAAUUUUAACGAAUGUAAAUUAUGUUGUCAAAUGAGUUUAAGUCAUUCAAUUAGGCUUACAAAUUAUCAAAAAACAUUAUGUCCUUGUUUUUACACAGUUUAAUGUGACACUAGGCUUCUGGCUGUUGUUUGUGUUUCUUUGGUCUUGUUAUAAUGAUGGUGAGAUUACUUGGACAUCAACAAAUGAUUUUUGAAUCUCAUUCCAUUUAUUAACUUGUUACGAAUCUCGUGGAAUACAUAUACAUGUAUUCCUGAAACAAUUUUUGAUAAAAUUAUAAUGAUCAUGUUACUCGUUUUAAUUAACUGAUUUAUUAAUAGCAAUAAUGAAAACACUCGAUUAGGUUGUGGUAAUCAUAUACCCAGAGUUUAAAUUAGUCUUGUAUUUUUAACUUAAUUUAAAUAAGUCCUAGAAAAUUUACUUCUUUUUUUGUAUAAUGUGAUGAUACUUUGUCUGGACACUGGUUAUACACUAAUUAUAUACAAUCUAUUGAUUUACGCAUUUUAAUGUCCAACCUCGACACAAAAUAAGGUGUUCAUAUUUUGUUAAAAAUGUUUUCUUUUAUUUUCAAAUAAAGUUUUGUUUUCUGGGAA